AUGUACAAAGACAUUUCUACCCCUCGCUUGUUACUGCAGCCUAUCCAAACGAAUGAAGAGGGGUCCGUUGAUCUCGCGAGAUUUCACGCAUUAUGGAGCAACGACCAAGCAACAAAAUGGAGUCUUCGAGGGCCAUGCAAAACAAUAGCGGAAAGUAAGGCCUGGAUGGCAGGAAUUAUUCCACUGCCGAUGCCAACCAAUAAAAUACGAGUUCCAUACUGGGUACUGUAUUCGGAAAGAGACGGGAAGUUAAUUCAGCCUUUGGAGGUCGACCAGAAGGAAUGGAAAAUGGCCGGUAUUGUAACUCUACUUUGUACCAAUUUCAAACUGGAAGGCGAGACGGAUGAUUGCGAACGCGGCGAUAACGAGCCAUAUAAAGCGGUUGAACUAGGUUAUCUCUUUAUGCCGGAAGUAUGGGGCAAGGGAGUCGCAACAGAAAGCGUCCAGGCAGUGGUUGACUAUUACAAAGAGCUUAUGCACAGGGACAUGGCAGUUGGAAUCCCCCGUGAAAUACAGGCUACUGCCCACAAGAAAAACAUUGGCAGCAGACGUGUGUUAGAGAAGACUGGUUUCAAAGAAGUUGGCCGGUUUGAAGGGCGAGCCAACUUGCCAUUGGUGGAGGAGUCGCUUACACAUACAGCGGUGCACUACCGUAUGGUGUAG